AACUUGGAUUUGUUGUGAAUUUUUUAGUAUUUAUUCGUUUAUUCAGUAUAUGCUGACACAGUUGUGCAUUAGAGCACUUUCUUAUACGUCUGUGAUUCAAGAGAGGAUAAACAGAUGCCAAAAGUGACUAACGUUCCUGAGACAAGCUGAUUGCAAGAUGAUCCAACCUGAACAGUGGCGAAAUGGCGAAAUCAGAUUAUUUCCGAACAUUAGCUGUGUUUCAAAAAUGCUGAAAUAUCUUUACUUGGCAAGUUUUGUGCAGAUAUGCUGUGGGCAGGCUGUCACAACCAUAGAUUCCUCUUUACCACAACAUGUGGAACUGUACAGUACACAGAGAAUUUCCUGUGACAUAGCUGGGACAUUGAAAACUGGUGUUCGGUGGAUCAGGCCUGAUGCUUUUUUGGUAUCUACAUGUGCAGGUGCUACAAAUUGUCUGCCAAAUUCAGGAUACAGUAAUCCUGUAGCCACUACCACAAGAAAUGUGUUGGAGAUAGCAAACACUACAUUUUUGGAUGCUGGUUCGUGGAUAUGUAGAGAUGGUGCAGAUGGACAACCAUCUAGAGGAACCCUUAUUGUUAUGAAGAAUUCAUCAGCAUGUGUCAUCAACAGCACGAGCAACUUGGACAGUUUGAAGGAGGGUAGUCAGGUGACCAUCAUGUUUUACAUAAAGCAGUAUUACUGUUCAUCUCCUUCACUGUUUCAACUUGGCAAUGCUAAUGUCACCCUCCCUCGAACACCAAGCGGGUUAGAUGAUGUUGAAGAAAAUGUGACCAUAUCAGUGACGCAAACUCAAACCCUCGAUUUGUACAUGGUGUGUGAAGGUGUUCGCUUCAAACAGAAUUGUGAUGUGACAAUAACCAUAGAAACAACAACAUUGCCAACAACAACAAUGAAUAACACCAGUGCUCCAGAACCUGAUGAGGGUGGUUUUCCACUCAUUGCAGUAAUUAUUUUGGCUAUUUUACUGGUUGGGAUAAUAGUCACAGAUGUCCUAUUCGUUCUAUAUAGAUGGGGAGGAUUUUUCACAGGGAUCAGUGUACAAAAGGUGUACAUCUUGUAUUGGAGUUGCUUCGUUCAAGGGAUCGUUGAUUGUGUCUUUGGGGUGAUAUUCUUUAUUGUCACCUGUGCUGUCUAUACUGAACGCCUGGAUGAGCCUCUUGCUACUGGAACUCUCGCUCUCAGCAUCAUUGUCAUCAUUAUUGGAGCUGUUAACAUAUUUCUGUGUUGCCGCUGUUACAAGUCACCUGGUGAAGUAGAUGGGAAACCUGGAUCAUCUGGGCCAUCUUCAAAUGCUGGUGGUCCUCGCCCAUGGUUAUGCUGCUGCUGUCCUCAAUCAAAGAUAUGCUCAGGGGAAGAGAGUCGUCAAAGUCCUCCAGCACCAAUACCUGCUGCCAUGGCCUCCCCAAGAAAACCAGUCCCCCCAAACUCCACUUCCGCUAGACCUCUACCCAGCCCCACAUCAGACCCUGCCAGUGACAGUGCUGUUAACCCAAAGGUUCUCCUAGAGCCUCUAAAUGUUGAAGAACCAAAGAAGAAGAAGAAGAGAAGGAAGAAAAGGAAAUCUACAAAAGAAGCAGGAGAAGAAUCAGCUGCACAAACAAUGACUGCAGCAGGAGACAGUGAUGAUGACUGAGAGGUUGGACUAUGUCAGAAUAAUUUAACAUGAUCACAGGGGAAUAUUUUGUUUUCAUCAAAUGUAUUUUUGUAAAGGAACAAUGUAUGAAACAAUAAUUGAAAUUUGGGAGCUUUUAUGGAAUCUCUUCUUCCUAAUAUUAAAUUACUGUACUUGUCUUCUCUCUUGUACUUGUUUUCAUCCAAGAUGGUUAAAUAUUAGUUGACAAAUGCUGCUGUUUUAGAAAGGUUACAACACGCUAUGAAUGCAUUGGUUGCUGUGAACCUUUGUGCAUUGUUCUUCAUGAUUCUUGAGGCUGAUAGGUUUAAAAGAAACUGUACAUAUUAUCCCUUUUGUCCAAACAUGCCUUUUCCAGCACGCUUUGUUUAGAGAGCAUAGCUCAUUAAUCGUUUCAUUCUUUUCUUAAUAUUUGUAAACCUGUCACACAUGUGCUGAAGUCAGCAAGUUUGGCAUUUGGGUUUUUUAUGACAAAAAGCUGAUGAGCAGUACUUUGUGAAUCUUUGUAUACAAUUCAAGCAAGUGCUUGUCUCUUGUUAAAUAAUUGUUACUUAUCAGGCAAGUGACUUUUGCUAUUCACAUAUUUCUGAGGCAAUAACAAGUAUAAAUGUGGGUUUAAUUUUGCAGAACAUCACUAAAGAAACAUGUAAUAUUUUUUCAUGAAACUUUACAAGCACAUAUUGUAAAGCAACCAUUACUGCUAUUGACUGAAUGGAUCUGAAGGUCAGACAUGGUAGCUUGGGUGACAGUCUGACAUCAUUCUCUGAUGGAAUAGGAUGUUGAUCCUCAGGCAGAGUAAAUUUAAAAAAUCAGUCACAGCAUCAAAUAUGAAUUAAGGAAAGUUGUGUCUGACCUGCUUUUUUAUUUUAUGCACAUAUUUUUAAGGGCUAGAGAUACUGAUUAUGUCAAAAUGUUGACAUGUUGUUCCGUCCAAAUCUUUUACAUCAUUGAUUUAUCUUUUGUUAUUUUUAUAAUAUUUAGAUGUGAUUGUUCUAUGUCAUGCCUGUUCCGCAGAUGAUUUUAGUUCAAGUCAAGUUUAUUUCUGAAGUGGGGGACCUUAGGCCCAUAUUACUGUUACAUACAUGAGAAACAUUAACAUUUCAUACGAUGAGGAUAUUUUGUCUGACAAGCAUUGCUUUGUACAUAUAGAUAGCUAAAUUGAUCAGAAUAGAUUCAUAAUUUGUAUUUUUCAGGUAUAAAUUUGGUUCUAAUUUGUUCAUAGAUGCUACAAAUACAAAUAAACUGAUAUUCAUCCUCGAUAUAAGGCUUUUUACAAACUAAACACGAAAAUGAUUUUAAUAAUGUUGACGUAUUAGAAGUGUACAAAACAUGAAGUCUUAUUGAGGACAACUACUUUUUUCAAAUGAUCUAUGCGAGCUAUCUCUUGCAGAAUCUUUAUGUUGGCCAUAAUUUGUUGAUAUCCUUCUAUUCUUAAUGGUUAAUUUUGUGUCUACCAUGCACAUUCUACUGAAGAAUUAGAAAGAUCUGACAAGGAUUUCAAAAGAGGUUUUUAUAUGUAAGCAUAUUAUUAUUUUGUAUCAUAUUUAGUCCCUUCCUCAAAUAUCAUAUUUGCUCAAACUUGUUGUUAUCAUGUUACCAUCUCUGUUAAAGCCACACAACAGUCAUGUACGUAUGUAUAUCUGUAUGUACGUACGUACGCACGCAUGCACACACGCGCGCACGGAGAUACAUACAUUGAUUGAAUUAACGAAAUUAUGUUUGAAAUAGUAGGUAGAUCUCAUGGUAAAAUUUGAUUUGCAGCAAGUGUUGUUUGCUUGCAUUCUGUUAUGGGAUCCACUGGUAUAUAUGUCUCCAGACAAAGACAGGGAAAUUCAUGUUCCUCUUUUCCUGUAUCUGGAUACCCAUUAGCACCAGUUGGUAUCAGAAGUGACUUUCAUAUGACAUCAUUGGCUGCACACAAAAUAUUUCUGUCACGAACAUCUUUUAUGAAUGGAUCAGUAUUGGAACAUGUUCAAUCAAAGUACAGAAUAUGUUCAUAUUAGGGGCGAUAGGGUAGUCUAGUCGUUAAAUUGUCCGCUCAUCAUGACAAAGACUCCAGGUAUAAUGUGUGAAGGCCAUUUCUGGUGUCCCACUAUAAUAUAGCUGGAAUGUUGCGAAAAACAGUGUCAAACUAAACUCAUUCACUGUUCAUAAGCAGUUGUCAUGUAAUGAACAUUACUGAGCGUGGCGUUAAACAACAAACCCUAUAAGCAAAUAACAAGGGUACAAGGACACUGGUUACCAUGUAACUUAUAGCCUGAUUGGGCCAUCAUCCCUACAUGACAAUACGACUGUGACAAGACUGAAAUACAACUUGAUUGUACCAAUUGAUUGUACCUUGCAAGAUAAAGUAGAGGAGUGGCUGGCUGCCUCUCAUUAUUUAAAAUGCUGUAAGUGAAAGAUAUUACUUUAGACUCAGGGGAAGAUAUUGACACUGACCACUUACCAGGUAUUCAUUGUAUCCUGCAUGGUUGAUAAUAUGUGUGUUUGCCCCAGCAAGUUGUACAUAUUUAUGUCAACAAAGUAGGUCUUGGUGUGAAAUAUUUGAAUUGUGAAAAAAGUAUUGUUUUAACAAUUUCUUAGGGAUUUCAACUUAAGUGCUUGAGCUUGUAGAAGUGAGGAUGUUAUGAAAAUGACAUUUAGAAUCAAUUCAUAGCAGUCAGAUGACCUGGAUUAUAAUAUGACCAUAGAAUGGUAGUACAAUUCUGUUCUAUACUUUAGGGGUAGUUUUUUGUUAUAUAAACUGGCAGGUUCAAGCAGUUUAUCAGGGUGAAGCUGAAUCUGUUAGCUCAAGUAUGCCCAGACUGACUGCUGUGGUUCUCACUUCACAGAUGUCUCCUCAGUGACGUUUGUGUUGGGAUAAGGGUAAAGGUAGGUUACGCCCAACCCUCUUUUUAGGCCUUAAUACUCUUUCCUAUCAAGCACUCCUUUACAAUCAAUGGUGUUGGGCACCACUUGCCAAUCAAACACCCAAUAAUGGGAGAUAGGCUGUGGGUUAGCUAUCACUCAUAACUAAUGUAAUUUUGUUUUGGGGUGCAUGCACGUAACCAUAAACACUCCGGUGCAGAUGAUGUUAAUUGCGUAAAUCAGUGCAAUAUUGGGGAUUACACUUUCUCAGUAAAGUACACAUUCUAGAAUUUUUCUAGCAUUUGAACACUUUCUAAAAUGCAUUGUGUAUAUGUAGAUGAGCACUAAUUAUUUGCACUAAUUAUGUGUGAUAGCGCCUGUGGCCCCAUGGUAUUUUAAGAGAUGAACUCAAUUGCCAAGCAUAGGUCCAUGGUGGCAAUGUGAGUUUGGUCCUCCAUGACAGGCAAAUUGAAAUCCAAACAAGUGUGCCCAAUAAAGUACAUUUCUCCUAAAAUGUUUAUUCCAUCCUUUUCCUGCACACCUGGAUAGCCCUUUACUUGACAGGGUUUAUUUACUUUAAUGAAAA